AUGAGUGGCAUAGGUAAAUCCGGCAGUAAAACAAGAGCAAAGGCUAAAACUCAUUCAUCCAGGGCAGAACUGCAGUUCCCCGUCGGUUGUGUGCGCAGGCUGCUCCGCAAAGGAAACUACGCAAAGCACGUUGGUGCCGGUGCUCCUGUUUAUCUGGCCGCUGUACUCGAGUAUCUCACCACUGAGAUUCUGGAGUUGGCUGGAAACGCUGCUCGGGACAACAAGAAGACUCAUAUCAUUCCCUGUCACCUGCAGCUGGCAGUGCAGAACAAUGAGGAGUUGAACAAUCUCUUGGGUGAAGUGACCAUCGCUCAGGGUGGUGUGCUGCCCAACAUCCAGGCUGUGCUGCUGCCCAAGAAUACCGAGAAGACCGCCAGGAAGUAG